GUCAACAUGGCCGAUGAGAUGACGGAGGUGCUGGUGGUGUUUCAAUGCAAGACAUGCAGUGUGAUCGUGGGAGACUCUGUCAACUUGAUGCACGUCAACGAGGAACGACGGACUUUCACACUCAAGUUCGUUGUGAACAUCAUCCGCAGUACUGUGCCAAUCCACGCAGCUGCCGGCGGCGAGGACGCUGGCAACACGUUCCACGAUCUGCUAUGUCGCCAAUGCAAGCGAAUCCUAGGUAAAUGGUACAGUGCCACCGUCCCACAAUUUGAUGCAUAUCGCAUGGCAUACACGCUUCAUGCCGACGACGUGGCGGAAUAUGCCGUGGGGGCGGACGCUCCAGAGGACGAAUGGUCCAUGGAAGGUGCCGUGGCCGUGGCACAAUGGAAAGCCAACAUGACGCACAUGCGGGAGCUCAGCAAGCGGCUCGCCAAGGCGCAAUUGGUGUUGAGGAUGGUAAACGAUCGUAUUGCCGACAGCGAAGGACUUGUCCAAGCAAGGCGAAAUCACAGCGGUACAUCGCUGAGCAAGACUUUGCAUGUAAUGUCGUCGUAGGUGUGAAGAAGCAGCGCACGACGACGGGCCCGCCAUCCCGAUUGCCUCCUCAAGCGAACAGCUCCGGGCGAGGCCAUCAAGUUAAUCUGGUCACCAAACAAAUAUAAUUUCAACCAUCGAAACCUACGCAGGCCUAACGAAUGUGCAAAUCGGAUUUUGAG